AUGGAGAACUUGAUGGGUCUUCUGAGAAUUCACAUCCAAAGAGGAGUGAACCUUGCUGUUAGAGACAUGAGAAGCAGUGACCCUUAUGUUGUUGUCAAAAUGGGCAAGCAGAAGUUGAAAACUCGAGUGGUGAAGAGGAAUGUGAAUCCUGAGUGGGAUGAAAGAUUGACUCUUUCUGUUGCAGAUGCAAAUCUUCCGAUCAUGAUGCGCUUGGAAGGCUUAACAGAUGGAACCAUAAUUGACAGAGUGAAACCAAAUAGGGAAAACUGCCUUGCUGAAGAGAGCUGCAUCAUGUGGUCCAACGGAGAACUUGUCCAGAACAUAGUCCUCAGACUCAGAAAUGUGGAGUGUGGGGAAGUUGAACUUCAAUUGCAGUGGAUUGAUGUUCCAAGUUCUAGGGGUCUCUAG